GAAAUGAAUCAUGCAUUACCGAAAACAAUUUCACCAUUGUUACAAACUUUUAACAGUGAUGAAAAGGAGGAAAAGCCAGUAAGUGUAAAACCAAAACUACGAUCAACGACAGUAAUAACAACAACAACAUCAUCACCACAACCACUACCACCAAUAACAACAACAACAACAACAACAACAACAAUAAUGGCAAUAGCAGCAACAAUAACAAUAACACCUCUAACAACACAACCAGUUUUAUUAAGUCGUAUAUCACCGGCAAUAGUUUUUGCUGAUGAAGCAAAACGAGCUAGAAUACAG